AUGUCGCUGAUAGACUCGAAAGCUGAGUUCGAGAGCAGAUGCAAAGAUGUAUGUGGAAGCAGUGCGCUCCUUGAGAAUCUACGUGCGAAAGGGAUCGAGAGCUUUUCGAGUUUGGCAUUUGCCUGCGGCACUCCCCAAACGCCUCCAACCGAGACUGAGUUCGCUUCCUUUGCUGAGAACGUGUGUGGGCCAUCACUUAGGAGGCUUCACUUUGAGGCCAUCACACUUGUUGUGGCGCAGUUGAAACAGCAAGCGAUUGCAGAUCCUGCCGAGGCGGUUAAGAAAUUGCCAUUGGCAGAAAAACAGGCCCGCAUCGAAGAUCAACGACGCAGGCUCCAUGGGCUCUUGUUGGAGGAUGAGUUGCAACCAUCACAUGCACUCAUCGAUGCAUGCGCGCACAUGAUUGAGCAGAACCACAUAACAUGGGUCCCGCCCUCAAAAUGCACGAAGAGGGACCAAGAACUGCGAGUUGGGAUCAAGGACAAAUCCAAGUUCCUUGUUGCAGCUGAGGGUGGUGUCACUCUUGCAUCAGCCCCCACCGUGUUGACGGCCGAUCAUCAGACUCCGCUACAGCUCCAGUGGUGCUUGCAAAGGCGAGGACUCGCGCUCGACCUCAACAACAUUAUCGGCUGGACCUCUCACGAAAGGUGGGUCUCAUUCCUUAUGCAGACCCUUGCUCAGGAGGUUCCGGCAGGUUACCAGAGUGUCACCGUUGAUCAACUCUUGAAGGCCGAUUGUGAGCUUUUCCUUCUGAUAUCAAAGGAGACGAAGCGAGUCAAGGUCGGUUCUGAUGGCAAGAUGGAAGCUGAGGCAAAGCUAAAUCAGCUGAAGACCGACCCGAGGGUGACCAUGCAUCUGCUGCCACUCCGUGGCGGUGGGAGGCCAGGGGGAUCCCAGGCCCAUGUUGAAAUGCCAGAUCUCGAUGAUGCAAAUGCUCGUCUCAAGAAGAGGAGGACCCUUGAGAAGAAGCGCGGGCUCCUGGCCCCGGUUAAGACUGCUACGAUGCCUCAGGAGCUGAAGGCCUGUCCGCAUCACACUGAUUCUUCAGGACGGCGUGCAUGCUGGGGAUUCAACCUCGGCCAGGACGCUCGCAUUCCGAAAGAUGAUUGCCAGUCCGCUGACCACCCUCCGGUUGAUCGCGACAGGCAUACAACACCGCUUGAUGCAAGCAAUCCCGUUGAUGCUGCCUCGUCGUGCAGCUCCGGGUUGCAUAAUGCUGCUGCUCAUUCUGAGCCUGCAUGUUCCAAUGCCGAAAACAAAAUCUUUCACUUUCCACCAGACUCUCUUUCAGACGAGAGCGGAUCCAAUGAGUCGGAGAAGCUUGCUUGCCAGAUUCUUGCGGCUGGGCAAUGCACUUCUUUGCAACUGCUCCAGCUCAUGACCUCGCUACCCUGUGAAGACAUGGCCCGAAGCUCCGGCAGAGUCGGGACUGAGAAGUCUUUCACUAGUGGUGCGUAUGGUCAGGGCCCCUUGGUUGGACUGCGAAAACAUGUAAGCAGCCAUGCGCAUGUCACCAGACUUCUGGUGAAAUUGGCAGUGCAGUUCUUUCCAGCAUUGACUUUUACAACUGUGGCCUUGUUUCGCGAUGUCCAUACAACCCGACAUUCAGAUAAAGGCAAUUUGCCGGGUUCUCUGAAUGGCGUGGCGGCGCUCAGUAACUUCUCAGCUGGGCAUAUCAAGUUGCACACUUCCGAUGGUGAAAGACGCCUCGAUGUGGCGACUUGCCCAGUGGUGUUUGAUCCGGCAGUGGAGCACGAAACUUGCUCUUGGGAGGGCACCCGCCUUGUGCUGGUUGCUUUCUCAGCAAAUCGGCUUGAUCUCAUGUCAGCUGAGGACACUGCCUCGCUGCUUAAUUUGGGGUUUCCUCUUCCCUCUGUAGGUCCCCCUUCGGUUUCCCAUAGGUCGCAGCCCAAAGUUACAUCAGCUAUGGCUGGUGACCGAGGCCUUGUGUUGCAUUUCUUCGCUGGCCCUGCGCGUCUUGCUCAGUCCUUGCAAAAGAAUGGCUUCGACGUCUUGGCCUUCGAUCGCGGCACUGCCCGUGCCCGCUUUCCAGUCCAGUCUAUCGACUUGUGUGACCUGCAGGACCGAAGUCUUUGCUGCAGCAUUUUGACCGAACAGGCCGACCGCAUUGAGCUCGUUUUCUUGUCGCCGCCUCUGCUGUCUUCGUGCAGUGAUUCAGAUCCGUUAGCAGUGGCAGUGGCCGCUGUUGUUCAGCAUGCAGUCGAACUUGGACUCAGGGUGUGCAUUGAAAGCCCAAUGAAAUCAGCUUUGUGGACCCACUCUGCCAUGGCUGCUCUUUUCGCUUCAGGUCUGUUCAAGGACGUUUGCUUUGAUGUGUGUAUGCAUGGAGGGCAUCAGAAUCGCCGGGUCCGCCUCAGCUGCAACUCCGACAUCUUUGAGCCUCUUGCAUUGCUUUGUAACCGUUCGCAUAAACAUGCUUCGGACGCUAUGCUGCAUCCUGCGGAUAAAGGUGCAUACCCUUGGCUCCUUUGCCAUCGCAUUUCCGAUCUGCUGCUUCAGCAGACAACCUCGCGGGCGCCGCCGAACUCUUUGCUCGGCCCCGCUGCUACAGAAUUGCGUGUUGCAUUGGAUCGCCAAGGCAAGUAUCGACGACCACUUGUUUCAGAAUUUCAGAGUUAUGAUGCUUGGGCGUUCUCUCCUGAGCUCGAAGCCGAACGUUCUCAGGUCAUUGCUUUGUACCCCAAAGGUGCUCGCAUUGUUCGACGCAAACUUUGCAAAUGGGGUGCAGUCCGGGUUUGCCAUCGUCCACUGCUUUCAGAUUCUGCGCCCCUUGAUAGGAUGUCCGGGGAUUGGGUCAUUGGGCCUGGUUCUGUUGAGGAGCACCUGCCAAGUGGUGUGGUUAGUGUCUGUGGCAUGCGAAGGCCCCGGCUUAAGGAGGAAAAUCAGACGGUCGAAGUGGCUUGGAUUGGCAUCCCGCGGGAGCCUCUUGACUUUCUUCGAGAGGCGGUCAAAGUGGGGCACCCCAAGUCUUUCCUUGACCAGGACGAGCCCAGCAUUGAGCGUCUCGUAGAGAAUUUGCUAGGUAAUGAUUCGGUCGAGUCUAGUGCUCAUCUCCUUGACGAGUGGCAAGAAUUGCAGGUUGAGCUUGAGCCACAUGAACAAGGAUUGAGGCUGGCAUGGCCCACUCAUGUGCAAAACAUCCUCCGAGACAAGAAAACUGAACUUUUGAAACGCCUUCUGUGCAAGCACGGAUAUCCAGAUCACAAGGUUGUUGAUCACAUGCGUGAGGGUUUUCGGUUGUCAGGCUGGAUGUUCCGGACAGGUGUUUAUCCGGCCGAGGCCCGACCUCCUUCGGUCAGCAUGGAGAGGCAGCUUGCUACUGCUAGGUCUCGAAAUCUUUCGACUUUGGCUAAACUGCGAGCGCAGCCUUGCGAUGAGGUUACAACUCGAGCUUGGGAGGAGACCAAAGCUGAACUGGAACGGGGAUGGAUUUUCGAGGCCCCAUGUUGCGAGGACAACUGCAUUUCCGAGGGCUCCCAAUCGGGACGUCCGACCAAAGACUUCACGGGGUGUUUUGGCAUAGGAGGUGUGUUGAUUGCACGACGGUUUGGGAUUUUGCAGUCGCUCAAGGUCCGGGUGAUUGACGAUUGCAAAGCCUCGGGAUACAACCAGACCACUGGUCUCCCGGAACGCUUCCGUCUCCAUGGCCUUGAGUUCUUGAGUGCCUUUCUUGUCAAAGCCAUGAGAGACGUCAGGUCCAGAUGCACCCCGAUCCUUGGCAGGACAUACGACCUCUCUUCUGCAUACAAACAGUACGCCGUGCACACCGAAGAUCGGAAUGUUCUGCGCAUCGGAGCCAAAGAUACCGAGUCAGGAUCGAUCCGCCUUUUCGGUGUGAACUCACUGCCGUUCGGGGCCACAGGCUCCGUCGCGGGAUUCUUGAGGACGGCGGCUGCGACUUGGUUCUUGGGAGCUCAGGUUUUGAAGCUCGCUUGGGGAUGCUACUUUGACGAUUACCCUUGUUUGUGCAAAGCCAAACUGGCCGAUGACGUGAGCAGCAUUGUUCAUCGAUUCUUCGGGCUCCUUGGCAUUGUCUAUGCAACAACGGGCAAGAAAGCAGUUGAGUUCGCUGCUCAGUUCAAAGUAUUGGGAAUCCUAGUCGACCUCUCAUCCUUCACAGAUGGCACAGUUCUGCUCAAACACACUGAAGAAAGGAUUGCUGCCCUGUCUGCCACACUCCAAGAUGUGCUUGACAGGGACGCGAUCAGCCAGACUGAGGCAGACCGCUUGCGAGGAAGGAUGCACUGGUUCUCAUCUUUCUUGUUUGGCCGCCGAUCGUGCUUGGCUCUGCUAAGCUUCGGUUGCUCUAAGAAGCUCGAUCCAGAGCUUCGGCAAGCCUUGAUUUACCUGAAGGAUGUUGCGUUGCACGCGGAGCCCAUUUCCCUUGACAGGCACAUGGGACGCACGUACAUCAUCUUCACUGAUGGUAGUCUUGAGGGCCCGACUGCUGGUUUGGGUGGUGCGUUGUUCGAUGGGAGUGGUUCAGCACUCUCUUUCUUCGGCCUUGAUCUCCCGGAUCGAGUCUUGAACAAGCUUCGCGAGACCUCCAAACAUCCGAUAUACGAAAUCGAGAUGCUUGCAGUGUGGGCCGCUCUGUCCAUCUGGUCAGAGCAGUUGGCCAAUUCCUAUUCAGUGUUGUACAUCGAUAACGAAGCUGCUCGAGGAGCUUUCACUUCUUGCAAAUCCGGUACUUUGCCGGGAAGCAUGAUCCUUGAGGCCUGUGUCACGCUCGAAGAAGCGACGCGAUGCAGGUUAUGGUUCGGGAGAGUGCCAACUUCGAGCAACAUAGCAGACAAUCCCAGUCGCGGUGAUUGCAGUCAGCUUGUGGCCAUGGGAGCGUCUCGGUCAGUGUUGCGACAUCAAUUCCCGCUUUGA